CUGUUUCUCUCUUUUACACUAUUCAUCAUCCUCACUACUCAUCUUUACGUCUUCAUCACUCUAAAUACGUUCGUCUUCCACCUUCUGUUGAUGGUUUUUCUCCACAAACGGUGCAUUCUUCAUUUUUAUGACUCUCACUUUUCGUGAAUAAACAAUUUUAGUCUAGUCUUAGUCUUACAGUGAAGGGAGAGUGAACGAUCCUCUAUCACUAUAUUCACAGUAUCACAAACAACUUUAUUUUUAAAAUAUCUUUCGCCUUGAAAGAUAUUUUACCAAAAAAAACUGAAUCUUAAAGGCAGAGCGGAAAAAGUUAUAACCAAAUUAAUAACUGAAUGAUUUCUUCUUCAGCACUACCCAUUACAACACGUUCAACAAUGGAAAAUGGAAAAAAACGGACUUGUAAAAAAAAUAGCUUGUUUGCGAUCCAAAUUAUUGUGUUUAAUGAUUGGUAGGGCAAACAAGAGUGGGGACGGUUUUCACUUCAGAAAAUGAAAUUUAUUCAUUUAUUAUUCAUUUGAGGAAAAAAUGCUAUUUUUCUUUUGAAAAUUCCGGCUUUGUUGUUCUGAACUAGAAAUAACAAAUAAAGACUUAUCAGUCUAGGCAAAGUUAAGUGUUCGAUAAUUUUCCUUCUGAUAUUUGCGGCUGUCAAUGUCUUUAAAGCUGAUAACACGCUGGCAGUUACGAUUUUUAGAAGAAACAUUAUUGAACACUUACCUUGACCAUCAGUAUGUGCAUGAACCAAUAGAAUUUCUUCUCGUCAUAUUGGGUUGAUUGUUUAUAUCUACAGACCACUAGUGUUCAAUAAGUGAAGAAAUAAUGAAGAAAAAAGUCAUCGAAAUGUGUGUGUGUCUCUGGUUAUAUCCUUAUAUUUUCAGACUAAGACUGUUGUUAUUACCAGCUUUUACGUUUUGAUAACAGUGAAAGUCAUAGCAUCUCGGUUAGAUACAUUUUUAGUACAAUCAUUUUUCUUCCGUCCUACAGCAACAGUAAGAGGAUUGCCUCGAGCAUAAUCGCUGCAAUAAAAAAGGUUCUUCUCCAAAAAAUUUGUUUACACGUUUUCAGAGUUAGUAGCAACGCUUUUCUUCUCGCGUCAAUGUAAUGUAACUAGUCCUUAUUCUUUAUAUUUGAUUUCAAAUACGAGAGAACUCUUAUUGCCAGUUUUUUCACUUCGUUUUUUCACCGAUUUAAAUCAUUUUUUCAACAAUUCAUUUAUAUUAGAUAGAAACCAGAAAAACAUGUUUAGCACCACAAUAUUAACACGCUUGGCUACUCACAUUUUUAGCAAGUAUGGCGCAUUUAACAUUGAAAUAAGCUGUUUUCAAUGGACACCCUUUCUUUAGGCCAACGAUUCUUAUUUCAACUUCACGUACAAUAUUUUCGUCAGAUACACAUCUUACACCAACAUCAUCGUUAACGACUACAACAACAGACGACAAAACUACGAUACCGUCCACAUCAUCAAAAACUGAUCAUCAUCAUGAUGUCAAUUUUGAUCUUCUGGCAAAAAUGCGUUCAUUACGCACAAGAAAUCCAUAUGCUUUAUUUGUCAAAGUUAAUUAUAAUGACUUUAAAACACAAUACCCUAAUUUAAAAAUGACUGAUAUAAGUAAAAAAAUUGGCGAAAUAUGGAAAAAAUUACCUGAUCAAGAAAGACAAGUUUAUAUUCAACAGACACAAGAUCAAAAAAUAUUAUACGAGAAAGAAAAGAACAAACUGAAAGCUGUCGAUUUGCACAUAGUUGUUGCCGAUGAAAAAGCAAAAAAAAUUCAGAAACAAAUUGUCCGACGUGUAAACGCACUACCAACGAAAAAACCUAGAAGUGCCUAUGCACUUUACUUACAUACACUUCAACGGGGUGAAACAGAUCUUGGGACAUACGUAAGAGAAGCUUCAAAAAGAUGGAAACAAAUGUCUGAACAAGAUAAACAACCAUUUUUUGAACUUCAUAAUGAAGAGAAACAAAAAUAUUUAAAAGAAUUAGUUGCCUGGUCUAAUCAACUUGAAAAACAUAAACCAGCGCCAACGCAAAUAAGUCGUGGCUCACAAACACCAAAAACGAUAAAACCAAAACGUACUGUUCGUAAAGCAACACGAAAGACCGCUAAGGCAUCAAAACUCAUGUAA